AUGCCUGAUUGUUUCCUACCUGAUUAUAAUAACUCCAGGGUCAUAACUAAUUGCACUGAAUUUCGAAUAGAUAUUCCUACAAGUGUUGAUAAUCGUGUUUUUACGUACUCACAAUACAAAAAGAAUUUCACGGCCAAAGUUCUAAUUGGCAUAACUCCUGGAGGUUUUAUAUCCUUAAGAUCUGACGUAGCUGGAGGACGGAAAUCAGAUUCUCAGCUUAUAAUAGAAUCAGGGUUGAUGGAUUCAUUGGAAGAUGGUGACAUUGUUUUGGCUGACAAAGGUUUUCCAGAAAUUAGAACAGUGAUUGACGCAAGUGGCAAGAAAGUGCAAUUGGUUGUACCACCUUUUCUAGAGAAGAAAAGUGAAUUUUCAAGUGAAGAAACUCAACAGACAUACAGUGUUGCAAGGGUUAGAAUUCACGUUGAAAGAAUUAUGCAGCGGUUAAGGACUUAUCAUAUAUUGCAUAAAAUUCCACAACAUUUGUUCCACUGCAUUAACGAUAUUUUGCAUAUUUGUUGUAUUUUGGUAAAUUUAAAGCUUCCAAUUAUUUCUGAUAAAAAGAUCCUGAAAAUGAGGGAGGAAAACUAUUUUAUUACUGAUGAAAAUUGUUCAUUAAGUAUUUGA